AUGCAGGCGAAAUUACAAGAAAUGCUCGAGACGACACGGAAACUGUUCCAGCUCCCUGACGUUGCAAGGAGCACGUUAGCAGUGCAAGGGGAAGUGCAAGUACUUCUGGAGAAGGGAGAACUGCUUACUUUUUGUAAGGACCACGCAAACGCGAUGGCUGUGUAUGCAGAGGCGAUUCGACUAUGCUAUAAUAUCCAGGAUGAGGCCACGGAGGCAAUUUUGACGUCAAAGCUGCUUCAGCUUCAGCGUCACGCAGAUGCUUUAAAGCGUGUCGAAUCUCUCGUGAAUGAAUUCUCAUCCGAUAGUGAUACUGGAAGCGAACGAAGCAGACUUAAAACAGCAUUUGAGAAGGUUGCGGAUGCUGAGGGAUUCUUGAUGAAAGGUCAACUGCAAAUACUUGCACAAGAGCUAGGUAUGACUGACGUUCUUAGCAACAAUGAGAUCGAUGAAAUAUGGAGUCAGAUGUUAGAGAUGGACAAGACUACCCACACUAGCAACGAAGCAGCAUCUCCAAUCAUUUCAUUUGAGACGUUGUGGAGAUGGUGGGUGUCUGAUGCUGCAUACCAACACAACACCCUUUUCUAG